CGGCACUCAGGAAGUACUGACAGAUACGAUAUACAUGCAUUCGGGGUGAAUGUUUAAACAAAAUGGUGAACUGUUUGUGUAUUGGAAUAGUGUUUGCGACUAUAGUACCUAUAGUGAACACGUAUCAGCCCUGUGAUGAUGGAUUAUUGAACGGCAUAAUUUGCACUUCCGGUUGUUGCGGUGACAACGAUAACCCAGGUUUUUUGAAAUGUUGUAACAGAUAUGCAGAAGAGGGUUUUGUUCUCGGUGACGAAGAUUACCCCAUUGUUUCCCCAACCCUUUCCCCUAACCCACCACUUGUGAUAGUACCGGGGAAAAUAGCUGUCAUCGUGCUAAUGGUCAUAAUACUCAUCUCCGUCUUCUGUUCGAAAUUCUGUUUGAAGAAAUUACGAAAAACAGAAAUACCAACAGACCAGUUGGAACAAGAGCCCAACGGUCAGCAGCCUAACCGAUCCCGGCCUUUCCAGUCCCUUCAAACUAUUUCGGGCUCUGUCAUUAGAACUAACAAAGGGAUGCAGGAUCCACCACCGUAUGAAGUUUUGGAAGCUUACUAUUCCAACGAGCCACCCAUUCAAGUCGUAAAUAAGCCGAGCAUUGACGUAAGAAACAGCAUAGGGAAGCCACCGCCUUAUGAAAUAAGGAGAACUGCUUGUCCAAAUAGCCCAUCUCUUCAAGCCGGAAAUCUGGCAGUGAUAAAUCCCCUCAGAAACAACACAGAGGAGCCACCACCUUACAAAAAAGUGGUCGCAAAUUAUAAUCACCUUUGAAUAAUGUUUAGGCUCGAAUUGUUAACUCCGUUUUCAUCACAAUGUUGCUGUUGUUAUCUUAUUUCAACAGAAUUGACUGAAAGGGACUUAUCUAAUGUUGCUGAUCGUUAAGAUAACUUUCACACGUACUGGGCGCAUGAUGUAGAGACAAAAGUUAAAUGCAUAUAAAGAUAAUAUAAAGUAUGGUUUCAGAAAAUCAAUGUUAGUUAUCUUCAGAAAAGUUAUUGUGUAUUAUUGUCAACAUUUUCAUAACGCUUAAUCCUCGUUAGAUUGAACACCUUUUAUUGUAACUCAUUGCAUUGUUGUUGUUUUUAAUAUUAUGUUGUUUUUGUUUUUUCAAAUCCCUUUAAAUAACCUGACACAUGAAUGUUUAAAUAUCAAUAAAAAGGAUUUCUUAAUGUGUUGUUGAUAAUUUGUAUUUUUGUUAAUUAUGUUUAUGAAGAAUAUCUGUAUGGAUGAGCUUAAAAUAAACGCUUCUGCCUCUCA